GUCGGAAUCUAAACAGCCACGUAGAGGCAGAAAGAGAGUCGUCGGGAAGGGAAGGCUGUGCAAUGUCCUUGUAACUGGAGCAACUGGUUUUCGUCUGGUCUUCCUGUGACUGAAGCUCAGCACUGUGAAAAUGGUCUGACCGGGAACAUACCCCAACAACCCAUCUCUGUUCCAUGGGCACCAGUGUAGUGCUUUUCGAAACUAGUGUUUUACAAGUGAAUGAGAAAGUGGAAAAGCUGCAGCUGCCACAAUGGAAAUUGAAUCACAUCAGCCAGACCCGCUACCGCAGACCAAAGAGUGCCCUGACCAUCCUGUCAGGAGUGGCACAGAGCUGCUGAAGCAAGGAGCGGCGGAGCAGCCGAUAGCCACGGGGGACAUAGCUAAUGGUCCUGUCAAAGCAGACACGGUGCCAAACGGAGAUGGAGCGGCGGUGGGUCUGGGUGCUGAAGGGGACGGCUGCCCAAACGGCCCCCUGCUUCUGGCCCCUCCCAAUGGCACCGCCCGCUCUGUCAGCCCCCAGACCAAAGAGCCGUCUCCAGGUGUGGCCGCUUUCCAUCACCUCCUAGAGAAGUCUCAGGGAGCUAUUGCUGAGGGCACUGUUCACAAGGGUGACACAUUGCAGUCGCUCAAACUAAGCAUACCUAUGCAGGAGACUGAAUUGUCCUCCCAGGAACCAUCCUUGGAGCUGGAGAACGAGGAGCAAAUUCGUUUGGCGGCGCGUCGGCGUCUAGAGGAGCAGCUGAAACAGUACCGGGUGCAGAGGCAACGGGAGAGGUCACAUCAUUCAACGCCCAAAAGUCGGCCCUCCAGCACUCUGGACCCGGAGCUGAUGCUGCACCCCGAGGGCCUCCCGCGGGCGAGCACGGUCUCCAUGACCAAGGAGUACUCCUUCCUGCGGACAAGCGUCCCGAGGGGGCCGAAGCUGGGCAGCCUGGGUAUCCCGCCUGCCAAGGAGAAGAAGUCCUCUUCCAAGUCCUCCCGCUCCAACAGGAUCCACUCCCUGGCCGACUACAAGACCCCGGAGGCAGAGGGCGGGGGCGGCAGCUCCGCGGUCACAAACUCCUCCGGGGGGUCGCUGCAGGUCAACCGGAGCGCGUCGUCCACCGUGUCGGAGAUCAGCGUGACCUCGGACACGGUAGAGCAGACGGAGUCCUCCCUGCAGCUCGGGGACAGCGUCUCCGAGGCGGACGGCAGCGAGUCGGGCCUGAGGCCGGACGGGAACGACAGCGACAGCUCGUCGUACAGCAGCGUUUCGACCUCCGGGACCUAUGGGAUGCUGUCGGCAGUGGUGGGCCGACAAAGGGCGCCCUACACGGUGGAAGGCAGGGAGAUCGCCCCUGAAGCGGUGGGGCAGUUCCCCUCUUUUCGGGAGGUGCUGCAGGCGGCCACAGAUGAGCAGCACCAGCUGGAACUGGAACAGGAGCAGGAGGGGAGCGGAGAGCCACGCAGCCGCAGGGACAGCUUCUCCAGCAGUGUUUCCCUGGGAAGCUCUGUGAUGGGGACCCAUGAUGAAAUGCUGCAGGUGCUGAAGGAAAAAAUGAGGCUGGAGGGCCAGCUGGAAUCAUUGUCAUCAGAGGCCAACCAGGCUCUGAAGGAGAAGACUGAGCUCCAGGCACAGUUAGCCACAGUCAAUGCCCAGCUGCAGGCUCAGAUGGAGCAGGCCCAGGCCAGUCAGGAGAAACAGAACUCCCUCACCUCUGAGGUGACCACCCUGCGCCAAAGCUGCACCCAGCUGGAGAGGGACAUGGUGGAACUCCAGAGCAACCUGGAGAGCAAGAACGCCAGCCUGGCAUCACUGGGCACCGAUCUGCAAGUGGCCGAGGAGCAGUACCAGCGGCUUAUGGGGAAAGUGGAGGAGAUGCAACAAACAGUGACGUCCAGGGACAAGUCUGUCCAGGAGCUGCGUGAGCAGAUGGGUGGGCUGCAGGCCCAGCUCCAGCAGGUCCAGCUGGAGCGCAGCUCUCUUCAGGCUCGCCUCAAGACCUCUCAGGCCGAAAUCGACUCGCUGCAGCAGGUGCGCCAGUGGUACCAGCAGCAGCUGGCACUGGCUCAGGAGGCUCGGGUUCGACUGCAGAGUGAAAUGGCUAACAUGCAGGCUGGCCAGAUGACUCAGAUUGGAGUGAUGGAGCACCUGAAGCUGGAGAACGUGACACUGUCCCAACAGCUCACAGAGACGCAGCAUCGCUCUAUCAAAGAGAAGGAACGCAUCGCUGUGCAACUCCAGAACAUUGAGGCUGACAUGCUGGACCAGGAGGCUGCCUUCCACCAGAUCCAGGAUGCCAAGUCCAUGGUGGAGGAUGACCUUCAGCGGAAACUGGAGGAGUUUGAGGAGGAGCGGGAACACUUGCAGAAGCUUGCAAACACAGCCAGCUCUCUGGAGAGAGAACUAGAGCAGGUGAAGCUGACCAUGUCCCAAAAGGAUGCACAGCUGGAAGCCCUCCAGAAGGAGCACCUUGAACUGAUGAAGCAGUUGACCAGCACCCAGGAGACCCUGCAAACCAAAGAGCAGUCCCUCAACCAGCUGGAGGCACGCUACCUGGAGCUGGAGGCCCAGCUUGCCGAGCUGCAGACAGACACCAAUGCCAAGGAAGAUACCAUUCAGUACCUGCAAAAUGAGAAGAUCGUGUUGGAAGUGGCCCUGCAGGCGGCCCGGGCAGACAAAGAAGUGCUUGAUGAGGGAGCACAGCGGUUAGGUGAAGAUGUUCUGGUUGCAUCUGACGUCUUGGAUCAGCUCCGGCAAGAUGUUCAGGUGAAAGCGUCUCAGAUUGAAACCUUGCAGGAGGAAAAUGGCACCUUGAAGAAACAAGCUCAGAAAUUAAAAGAGCAGUUCAUGCAACAAAAGGUGAUGGUGGAGGCCUACCGACGGGAUGCCAGCUCUAAAGAUCAGCUGAUCAGCGAGCUGAAAGCUACCAAGAAACGUCUGCUGUCGGAGGUGAAGGGGCUGAAGCAGGAGCUGCUGAAUGCUCAGGGGGAGAAGAAGGCGGCGGAGCUGGAGCAGCACAGACUGCAGAAGGAGGUCUCCCGGGUCCAAGAACAGAUGAACAGCCUGGAGGCCCAUAUCCAAGCUGUGCAGAAGGAGAGAGACCAACUGGAGACCCAGAUUCAGUCGCUGCAGUUUGACCAAAGCCAGCUGGCUGCCGUCACAGAGGAGAAUGAGGGACUGAAGAAGCAGGUGGAGCAAAUGCAGGAAGAAGCCAAAAAAGCCAUUUCAGAGCAGAAGGCGAGAAUGAAACGUCUUGGGACAGACUUGACCAGUGCGCAAAAGGAAAUGAAGGCCAAGCACAAGGCCUAUGAGAACGCUGUGGGCAUCCUUAGCCGCAGGCUUCAAGAGGCCCUCACCGACAAAGAGACAGCAGAGGCAGAGUUGAGCAAACUCAAGGCCCAGGUCUCAGAUGGAGGCAACAACCAGGCCCUGCAGGAGAGAAUAGAGUCCCUGCAGAAUGAACUUCAGGCAGUCAGUCAGAGCAAGGCCAUGCUGGAAAAGGAGCUUCAGGAGGUCAUCUCCCUCACCAGCACAGAGCUGGAGGAGUAUCAGGAGAAAGUCUUGGAACUGGAGGACGAGCUUCAGGAGUCGCGGUGCUUUAAAAAGAGGAUCCGUCGUCUGGAGGACGUCAACAAGAAGCUGUCAUUGGAGCUGGAACAUGAGAAAGGGAAAUUAGCUGGACUCGGGCAGUCCCACAAUGCACUGCGGGAGCAUGCCAACAUCCUGGAGACUGCACUGGCCAAGAGGGAAGCAGACCUGGUUCAGCUUAACCUCCAGGUUCAAGCUGUGUUAAAGCGUAAAGAGGAGGAAGAUCAGCAGAUGAAACAGCUGAUUCAGACACUGCAGGCAGCUUUGGAAAAAGAGAAGGUCAAAGUCAAGGAUCUCAAAGAGCAGGUGGCUGCAGCCAAGGCGGAAGCAGCCCACAACCGACGGCACUACAGGGCCGCCAUGCUGGAGCUGAGCGAGAUCAAGAAGGACCUCCAGGCCAAGGAGGAGCUCAUCAAAGCCCUGCAGAGUGAGGCCCACAAACUCCAGGCUGAAGAUGAGAAGCACUCCCAGGAGGUAUCCCAGUUCCAGGAGGAUUUGGCCGAGGCGAACUCCCAGUUGCAGAUCCUGCAGAAGCAGCUAGAGGAGCAGCUCAGCAAGCAGCCAGUCACCAACCAGGAAGUGGAGGACCUGAAGUGGGAGGUGGAGCAGCGGCAGAGGGAGAUCGAGGCCCAGAAGCAGCAGCUGGAGAUGGCGGAGCAGUGCAGCCAGAGGGAGCUAGAGAGCCUGCAGUCAGCGCUACAGGGGAUAAAGGUGGAGCUGGAGGUGGUGCAGGACGAACUGACAAGCACCAGGAAGGACAAGUUUAUGCUGCAGGCCAAGGUGGGCGAGCUGAGGAGCAGCAUGAAGACUCUCCUACAGCAGAACCAGCAGCUCAAACAGGACCUCAAACAGAGCCGCCUGAGGAAGCGCAUGGAGCUGAAGGGAGAUGCAAAUGCCUCUACUCCAGUGACCCCAGUGAAAAUCCCAGACUGCCCCGUGCCCGCCUCGUUGCUGGAUGAGCUGCUCAAGCCCCACACCUCCGUGAACAAGGAACCCCUCAACAACCUCCACACCUGCCUGCGCCAGCUCAAGCAGGAGAUGGACAGUCUUCAGAAGCAGAUGGAGGAGCACACGGUUACUGUGCACGAGUCCAUGACCUCAUGGACUAAUGCAGAGGAGCUUGUCAGACUGGGAGUCCAUGACAACGGCUCUACUCCACCGCCCGAAGCGGAGGAGAACCGUGGAGCUGAGAGGGAGACGGAGCUAUCAUAACAUGCAGGGCAUUCUCUGACAAACUGUCUGGGAGAGUGGAGUUUUAUCCACCUUGGCACUUUUUUAACUUCCUGCUUUCUUUUUUUUUCCCCCCAUUUGUUACCUACUGCUGCAGCCAACAUUUGGCAUUGUCUUGUCUUUACAGAUAAUGCUGGAUUGAAGCAACACUUUUUACCAUAGCUUUACACUUUAUUUGGGUGUUGUAUUUUUCUUUUAUAUGUUGUUUUAUUUAAUUAUAAUUUAUCAAAUAAAAUAUCAACUCUCAAAUUGACAACUGCAUCAAAAGGGGGAGCAGGCUUGGGGGUUUCUCUUGUCUUGCGUUAAGUAGUCAUAGUUGAAAAAGGCUUUAAAACCCUAAUCAUAUUUACCGCAUCUGCCAUUUUUGAGUCACAUUUUACUCCACUCUCAUCUGUUCUUCUUUUCAGUGGUCUUAAAAUACUUCACGUUUUGACUUUGUCCUACCAUAUGAUGUCUUGGCGGCACGGUGUGAGCACUGUAGCUGUUCUGAGGGGUGACCUGUGCAAGGAGAAUCUAUAGCUUUUUUGCAUAUAGGUCACCCCUCCAUGCACCCCUCUGAACUGUUCUUCCAUUCUGCUGUGCCUGCGAAUGAGUGGAUUGGCUCCACUCUCUUUCCCUAUUCCAUUGUGAGUCUCUGCUGUUUUUACCUGUCCAGCUGUUCCAGAUAGCUGUGUGCAUACUACAGGCCAAGAAUCCAAGGCCUGACAUCAACAGCUGGAUCAUUAGAACAUGGUGAUCCCUAAACUUGUGAUGAGCCCUCGUCAUUGACAUCACAAGAGUUUAGGGAUCACAGUGCGCUUAUGUAAUUCCAGGUAAAGCAGUUUUUCAGGGUUAUAGUGCUUCUUGUUGAAGGUUAAUCAUACUGCGUCAUUUAAAUUGCAGCUAUAUUCUUCUAUAGUCUUCUAAAAUAGUAUUAAC